AUGUCGGCUUCUGAGCUGAUAGAAAGCUCCCCCGGUCACAGCACAGAUAACAAGUCGUUGGGCUCUGUCCAGUGUGAUGCAACGGACACUCAUUCUUCCCAGGGCAUUCAUGCGAAUGUGAAGAGAAGAUGGAUCUCAUACAUCUGGGACACUCUGGAUAAGUCGCCAGAGGAGAGGCGGUUUCUUUUCAAACUCGACGCUGUGCUUCUCACAUUCGCAUCCCUUGGAUACUUCAUCAAGUACCUUGACCAGGUCAACAUCAACAACGCCUUUGUCUCCGGCAUGAAAGAAGACCUCAACUUGUUCGGCAACCAGCUCAACUACAUGCAAACCUGUUGGACUGUGGGUUAUGUCAUUGGACAGAUUCCAAGCAAUGUGCUUUUGACCCGAAUCAGACCGUCCAUCUGGAUCCCGUCAUGCGAAGCCACCUGGGCUGUCUUGACAAUUCUCAUGGUCAAAUGUAACAAUGCGCAGCAGAUUUACGUCUUACGAUUCUUCAUCGGGCUUGCAGAAAGUACGUUUUAUCCUGGAAUGCAGUACAUUAUUGGAUCAUGGUAUCGCAAGGACGAACUCGCCAAGAGAUCCUGCAUCUUCCAUACCAGUGGGGCCAUCGGAUCUAUGUUCUCUGGUUAUCUCAUGGCUGCUGUAUACCACCUCGGAGGCAGAGACGGUUUCAAAGGCUGGCAAUGGCUCUUUAUCAUCAACACUGUCAUCUCGCUCCCAAUUGCCCUAGCAGGGUACUUCAUGAUACCCGACGUGCCCGAGAUCACGCGAGCAUGGUAUUUCACGAAAGAGGACAUAGCCCUCUCCCAGAUGAGAAUGGAGCUUGAGGGCCGGGCAAACCGUGCUCCCUUCACCAAGGCGAAGUUGAAGAAGAUAUUUUCCAGCUGGCAUAUAUAUUUGCUAUCGUUACUGUACAUCUUCUUCAACAAUGGGAAUGGUGCCGCCUCCCAGCCUGCCUUUUCGCUGUGGCUCAAGCAGCAAGGAUACAGCGUCACGGACAUCAACACUCAUCCUACAAUCACGAUAGCGAUUACAGUCAUUACUACUCUUGCAUAUGCAUGGACUUCCGACUCCAUCUUCAGAGGAGAGCGAUGGCCCCCCAUCGUCUUUGCAGGCAUCAUCAGCAUCAUCGUCAACGUCAGCCUUACGGUAUGGAACAUUCCCCUCGGGUGGAAAUGGGCCUGCUUCUUCCUGGCUGGCUUUGGUGGAGGCGUCAGUGGCUUGACAUUUGCCUGGGCUCAUGAGAUUUGCUCCGAUGACAACGAAGAGCGAGCAGUAGUGACGGGGUCGAUGAAUCAAAUGGCCUAUGUCAUCCAAGCUUGGCUGCCGCUCUUGAUUUGGCAGCAAGUGGAGGCUCCAGAGUAUCCAAAGGGAUAUCCAACAUCGAUCGGUAUCGCGGUCGGAAUGAUUAUCAUGUGCUUUUGGAUCAAAUAUGCGCAUAGACGAGAAAAGCUGAUAAAGAAGGUUAUUGAGGAUGAGUCGGCCCUGCAUACAUCUGCAGCUUGA